CGGCCAUCCACAAAACCAUGAAUUUUCACAUGAAAUGCUUUCUUCUGGCGCCGAUCUCGUGACCCGCCCGGCGGAACAAUGAUGAUGCGGCGAGCCUCGGUACAUGGGGACCAGCCAGCCCGCAUCGACUGGCUCGCCUUCUCCACGUCGCCCCGGAUUCUUAUAAGAAAGGAGCUGCUCUGCUUUUCAUCGCUCGUCAGCUUCUUAUCCUACCGGAGAUACACCUUGUUCCUCUCCUUUUGCCCUUUCUGAAAUCGAGUUCGUUGACGUCAUCAUGUCUUCUGCCCAGCAGCGUCUUUCCCAGGUGGCCUCCCACUUCGGCCCUGGCGGCAAGAAGGGGGCCGCCGCUCUCACCGAAAAGCAUCCCGAUGAUAUUGUCGUGACCUGCGCUCUGCGCACAGCCCUCACUAAGGGCGGACGGGGUGGCUUCAAGGACACGGCUGCCGCGGACUUGCUGGCUGGUGUUUUCAAGGCUGUCAUCGACCGCAGCGGUAUCGACCCCAGCCUGGUGAAUGACAUUUCGGUCGGCUCGGUUCUUCCCCCCGGUGGUGGUGCGACAGAGUUCCGGGCUGCCGCCCUGGUGGCGGGUUUCCCCGAGUCCACAGCCGUCAAGAGUCUGAACCGUCAGUGCUCCAGCGGUCUCCAGGCGAUUGCAGAUAUUGCCAAUGCCGUGAACUCUGGUAUGAUCGAUAUUGGUAUUGGUGCGGGUGUCGAGAGCAUGUCGUCUCAAUAUGGCCCCGGUGCCGUGACCGAGUUCUCCGAGCUUCUUGAGAGCCACCCCGAGUCCGCCAACUGCAAGGUCCCCAUGGGUGUUUUGUCCGAGCAGAUGGCCAAGGACCGCAAGAUCACUCGUGCAGCUCAGGACUCCUUCGCUGCCUCUUCGUACCAGAAGGCCGUCAAGGCCCAGCAGGCCGGCCUCUUCAACGAGGAGAUCGUCCCUCUGCAGGUCAAAUGGACCGACCCCAAGACUGGUGAAGAGAAGACCAUCACCGUCAAGGCAGACGACGGUAUCCGUGACGGCCAGACCGCCGAGUCCCUGGGCAAGAUCCGACCUGCCUUUGCCAAGGACGGGUCCAUCCACGCCGGCAAUGCCUCUCAGAUCUCCGACGGUGCGGCCGCCGUCCUGCUGAUGAAGCGCUCCACGGCUGAGCGUCUGGGCCAGAAGAUCAUCGGCAAGUACGUGGCUGCCAGCGUGGUCGGCGUCAAGCCAUUGCUCAUGGGCGUCGGGCCGUGGAAGGCGAUCCCCGUGGCACUGGAGAAGGCAGGCAUCACCAAGGACGACGUGGACAUCUACGAGAUCAACGAGGCAUUCGCGUCGCAAUGCGUGUGGUGCAUCAACGAGCUGGGACUGCCACAGGAGAAGAUCAACCCCAAGGGCGGUGCGAUCGCAUUCGGUCACCCGCUCGGCUGCACAGGAGCCCGACAAGUCAGCACGCUACUGAUGGAGCUGAAGCGGACGAACAAGAAAAUUGGCGUGAGCAGUAUGUGCGUGGGCACGGGGAUGGGCAUGGCAGCUGUCUGGGUGGCUGAGUAAAACAAUGCGCUGUGUCUGUCUAGAUUCUUCUUUUCUUGCUAGCGAUGUAUUUAUCACGUUUCACAACUACACAGUAGUAUAUACCACACCACCAAGAUUGAUUCCUACCCUCAAAU